CCUGCAAAGCGUAGCAAAAAUGGAUUAGUUUAGGGGGGAAACCUCAAGCUGGCAGAGGAAGGAUGGUGAAAGGCAAAGGAGAAGUGGGACAGGGAGUCACGGGGUGCUUAAAUAACAAAAACUGCACAAAAUGCAGAAAACCCCUUGGGACUCGUGCUGGGACACCAGAGCGAAGUGGCAGCAGCCCAGCCAAGCUCCUCAGAGACCCUUCUGUCACAAAAUAAAACCUCGGUGGCAGCAGGCGCACGCUGGGCACUGACCACACCUCCACGGGCUGGGAUCUGCAGCCAGGAGUCAGGAUUUGCUCCCAGAUUUUGGGGAGGAGGAGGAGGGGGAGGACGGGGCUGGGCAGGCUCUGUUCCUGCCAAGGCUCCAAAACCAGAGCUGAGUUCUUCAGAAAGAGCAGCAGAAUUAUCCUGUGGGUUUGGGAUGAUGCUGGAGAAGUGUUCUUCCUGUACAAAAGGGGAAUGCAUCAAGCCUGUAAAAGUGGACAAAAAGCCUGGAAAAGCAGCAGCAAAAAUCAAAAUCGAAGCUGAUGGAAGCUAUUUCCAGGUCAAUCAGGAUGGGGAGGCACAAAGGCUGGAAACGGCAAAAAUCACCCUGAACGAUUGCCUGGCCUGCAGUGGCUGCAUCACCUCAGCUGAGAGUGUUUUAAUCAGCCAGCAGAGCCACGAGGAGCUCUGCAAAGUGCUGGCUCUCAACAAGGCUGCUGCUGCCAACGAGCAGAAGCUGGUGGUGGUUUCUGUUUCACCCCAGUCCAGAGCCUCCCUGGCUGCAAGGUGCAAACUGGGGGUUCUGGAAACAGCAAAGAAGCUGACCACGUUCCUGAAGAGCUUAGGUGUGCACUACGUGUUUGACACAACCUUCUCCAGGAACUUCAGCCUCCUGGAGAGCCAGCGAGAGUUCGUGAGACGCUUCCACAAACAGGCAGAGGACAAAAAGGCUCUGCCCAUGCUGGCCUCUGCCUGCCCAGGUUGGAUCUGCUAUGCAGAGAAAACCCACGGCAGCUUCAUCAUUCCCUACAUCAGCACCACCAAAUCUCCCCAGCAGGUCAUGGGCUCCUUGGUCAAGGGCUACUUUGCAGAGCAGCAGCACCUACCCCCUGACAGGAUCUACCACGUCACAGUCAUGCCCUGUUAUGACAAAAAGCUGGAGGCCUCCAGGCCAGACUUUUUCAACCAGGAAUUCCAGACCAGGGAUGUGGAUUGUGUCAUCACCACAGGAGAAGUGCUAAAGCUGUUGGAACAAGAAGGAGUGUCCCUGCCAGAUGUAGAUCCUGGUCCCCUGGAUACCAUGCUCGGCGGUGCUGCAGCAGAGGAGCUCAGCACCCACCGUGGCGGGGGCUCGGGGGGGUACCUGGAGCACAUCUACAGACAUGCAGCCCAGGAGCUCUUUGGGAUCCACGUGGACUCAAUCCAGUACAAACCUCUCAAGAACAAGGACUUCCAGGAGGUGACCCUGGAGAGGGAUGGAGUGGUCCUGCUCCAGUUUGCUCUGGCCUAUGGAUUUAGGAACAUCCAGAACCUGGUGCAGAAGCUGAAACGGGGGAAGUGCCCCUAUCACUACGUGGAGGUCAUGGCCUGUCCCUCAGGCUGUUUGAAUGGAGGAGGGCAGAUCAAACUGGAGGGGGAAUCCAGCAAGGAGGAGCUGCAGCAAGUGGAGAGGUUGUAUGAAUCUCCGAGGGCUGAGAUUCCCGAGGAAAACCAGGCUGUGGGGGAGCUGUACGAGCACUGGCUAGGAGGCUGGGGCUCAGAGAAGGCUCUGGAAGUGCUGCACACGGAAUACCACGCCGUGGAGAGGGCAAACACUGCCCUGAACAUCAAGUGGUGAGGGCUGCCAAGCCCAGGCAGACACUCAGUGCCUUCUGAACUCACAUUUGGGAUUCUCCAAGGACUGCUGGAGCUCUGUGCAAUUCCUGCCUCUGGCACUGCUCAUUCCUUCAGCUUUAGGAUGAGGGGAUGUGAAUAAACCCCGAAGUCUGACAGAAAACACAUCAAGAGAGGCAGAAAUGCAAACCAGGCUGGAAGGACUGACCCUGCACUGCUCUAACAGCCCCAUUCUUGCCAGAAUGGAGGAAUUCCAGGAUUUAAAGUUCAUCUCCAGACUGAGCUUUGUGCCACAUCCCAAUAUUCCUCCCCCAGGCCUUGCUGGAUUGUCACAGCACUCAAUUCUUUGGCUGCCUCUGCUGCAACAUCCUCAUUUCAUUAGAAAUGGUCUCAUUAGGCCUGGAGUUCUCACAUCGCACUGCCCUGCAGCUUCUGUGCCCUCAGAGGGGGGAUCCAAAGCCUGGGCUCAUCCCUGGGGCUGGAUCAGUGCCUGCUGGAAUGGGACUGGAGUGAAUGCUGCAGAAAAUCCUUGUAAUUUCUUUUCCUUAAAUUAUAGUAAUUUAUACCAAGAGCAAUUAUAUCUCUCUCUUUUCUUCCCAAACACACAGCAGGGAGUCACAGAAUUGUCCCACUUAGCCACCCUCAGCAGCCACUCACUGAGGGAUAAUAUCCCUAAAUCCAGACAAAACAGGCAGUUACUAGUGGAUAACAUCCCUAAAUUAUGAGAAAAUAAUUCCUGACCUUGUGACUGGCAGGAACCAAAGCCUCUUCUGCACUUUAUUCCAAUCAAGCCACAGAGCACAUGAUGAUUUUCAUGUUUUUAAUUAAAAACUUUCCAUUUUUCA